GUUUAUCCAACAGCUGGCGUCACUGACAAUUGGACGGUCCGGAGUUAACGUUCUCAUCUCGGAUUUAGGGCAAGAUCUAGAGAUGGAGGUAAAGGCCAUGGAGGCGGAUCGAUCGACCGUGGCGGCCGCGCUGCUGCUGCUAGUGGGAACUACUUGCUGCCUGUGGCUGUUAUCAUGGUGGAGGAGCAGCAGCGGCGGAAGCAGGAGCCGAAAUCGCCUUCCUCCAGUGGUGGAUUCUGUCCCAAUCGUGGGAGGGCUUCUCAAGUUCGUCAAGGGGCCGAUUGUGAUGCUGCGGCAGGAGUACCAGCGCCUGGGCAGCGUCUUCACCGUCAACAUUGUCACGCGCAAGAUCACAUUCUUGAUCGGUCCCGACGUUUCUUCCCAUUUCUACAAGGCCCAGGAGUCCGAGCUGAGCCAAAAGGAGGUCUACCAAUUCAAUGUCCCCACUUUCGGCCCCGGAGUGGUCUUCGACGUGGAUUACUCUGUCCGGAUGGAACAGUUUCGCUUCUUCACCGAGGCGCUCAAGGUGAGCCGAUUGAAGACGUACGUGGACUACAUGGUGGAAGAAGCUCAGCUUUUCUUCUCCAAGUGGGGUGACGAAGGAGAGGUUGAUCUUAAAGAAGAGCUGGAGCGUCUCAUCAUCCUUACGGCCAGCCGUUGCUUGCUUGGGAGCGAGGUCCGAAACCAGCUCUUUGAGGACGUGAGCAAUCUCUUCCACGACUUGGACAAUGGAAUGCAGCCGAUAAGCGUCUUGUUUCCAUACUUGCCGAUCCCCGCUCACCGACGGAGAGACCGAGCUCGGAAGGAACUGGCCAGCGUCUUCGCCAAGAUCAUCGGCAACCGGAAGAGUUCCGGACGAAGUGAAACGGACAUGCUCCAGGUUUUCAUCGAUUCCAAGUACCGCGCCACUGGGCGCUCCACCACCGAGGAUGAGAUCACCGGUUUGCUCAUCGCAGCGCUCUUUGCCGGGCAGCACACGAGCUCCAUCACCUCGACAUGGACUGGAGCUUAUCUUCUCACCUAUAAAAACUACUGGGACUCUGCCGUCGAAGAACAGAGAAACGUGAUGGCUAAAGUCGGGGACAAGCUCGACUAUGAUAUCGUGAGCGAGAUGGACGUGUUGCACCGCUGCAUGAAGGAGGCACUGAGAUUGCAUCCGCCUCUCAUCAUGCUGAUGCGCUACUGCCACAAAGAUUUCUCGGUCACCACUCGAGACGGCGUCGAGUAUAACAUUCCCGCGGGCCACAUUGUUGCGACGUCUCCAGCGUUUGCCAACAGGCUGCCUCACGUCUUCAAGGAUCCCGACAGCUUCGAUCCCGAGCGCUUUGCUCCCGGCCGGGAGGAGGACAAGGCUGUCCCAUUCUCCUACACCUCCUUCGGUGGCGGUCGCCAUGGCUGCCUCGGAGAAACCUUUGGAUACAUGCAGGUAAAGACGGUGUGGAGCAUUCUUCUCCGAAACUUUGAGAUGGAGCUGGUUUCUCCGUUCCCGGAGAUUGAUUGGAACGCAAUGGUGGUCGGACCAAAAGGCAAGGUGAUGGUUCGCUACAAGAGAAAGCUGCUUGCCUGAUCAUUCUGAAGAAUCAACCUUUUGUAUUUUUAUAUAAGGAACCAGUCUUGGUUCUUUGUUUUUCACUUUUUCUAUCUUUACAAAACAAAAGAGGACACAUUUCAUGCUCAA